UUAGCAACGAGACAAAAAACCCUCAAGAAUAAAUUGGCCAACCUUCUCCUUUCAAACAUUUCAAACGCUCUCACUUCUCAAUAUUUUCCUCUUACAUAGAAUCAAAUUCCCUCUCCCCUCCCUACACGAACCUCACUUUUCCAUACCUUUCUUAGCUUACCAAAAAGAAUUUGAAAAAACUUUAUUUUUCAUAUUCAACACACUUCAUACUAUAUAAAAAUAUUUGUCCCUUCUAUUUUCUUUCCUUGACCAUUUCUUUGAAAGUAAUUUUUUUAAAAAAAAAAAUGGUUGGCAAAAAUAGCCCCGAGCACCUUCCUCCUGGAUUUAGAUUUCAUCCUACUGAUGAGGAGUUAAUCAUGUAUUAUCUUCGAAAUCAAGCCAACUCGAAACCUUGUCCCGUUUCAAUCAUCCCUGAAGUUGAUGUCUACAAGUUCGAUCCCUGGGAAUUGCCUGAGAAAGCUGAAUUUGGAGAAAAGGAAUGGUACUUCUUUACCCCUCGUGAUAGGAAGUAUCCAAAUGGUGUUAGGCCAAAUAGAGCAGCUGUAUCAGGUUAUUGGAAGGCUACUGGCACAGAUAAAGCAAUCUAUAGUGGAUCAAAAUAUGUUGGUAUUAAAAAGGCACUUGUGUUUUAUAAAGGAAGGCCCCCUAAGGGUAUCAAGACUGAUUGGAUUAUGCAUGAAUAUCGAUUGAGUGAAUCGAGGUCUCAACCAACUAGGCCAAAUGGCUCCAUGAGGUUGGAUGAUUGGGUACUUUGUAGAAUUUAUAAGAAGAAGAAUUUGGGAAGAGCUAUGGAGAUGAUGAAAGUUGAAGAAGACACACAACAGCCUGAAAUAAUGAGUACUGUUAAUCCAGUUGAAGUUGUGGCUGCUAGUGGACAACAAACAUUGAAACUGCCAAGGACUUGUUCACUAUCCCAUUUAUUAGAAAUGGAUUAUUUUGGGUCAAUUUCACAACUAUUUGAUGACAAUUCAUACAAUGGUGUAAGCCAAAAUACAUUAAUGACCAAUGUUAAUGGACAUGUGCCUCAAGCCAUGGAGAAAUUUCAGCUAGGGGAAGUGUCACACCAAAAUAAUCCUAAUAGCUUCUUGAACCAGCCAAUUUUUGUGAAUCCAGCCUUCCAAUUUCAGUGACAAUAAAUGAAGGCGGCAGAAUAUUUCAACAACAAUUAUUAUUAUUAUGCCUCAAUUCAAAACAAGUUGGGUCGCGGGCUACUAGUAUCUCAUCAACAAUUGUAACAUAUGGAUGUAAUUUAAAGGUCAAGGGAAAUAUCUGAUCUUGUGUGAUUGGUACCAUUUGCAAGCAAUGUCCAUACCC